AUGACGCGCUUUGCAGCGUUCGCAGACAGCAGCGACGACGACGAAGUUGCAAACGACAAGUCAGAGCGCGCUCCCCUCGAUGAAGAGCAUAGCGACACUGAUGAAGCCCCUUCAAUAACUUCUUCGGAAUCCAGCUCGGAUUUAGAAACAGACGACCUCCUGCCACACAAAAGCAAUACUCUGGUCCCAGAUGAAAAUGGCGACUACCACUACAGAGAAACGCGCUGGCCACUCCAUAUGGGUGUAGACGCUCAGAAAAUGCAUGUCAUGCAAACUUCGCUAUUCCGUGUGCCCGAAGAAGCAGCCGCUAUGAGAGCAGACAAUGCUCAAACCUCUUCACUCCAAAUCCCGCUGGGUUUGAAUCGAAAGCAUAGUCGGGACUCGGAUGGGGAUGGUUUGAGAUUCGAGCCAACACAACGUGCAUCCUUUGCCCAAGACGUGGAUCCCCCAAUAUAUAAGCCUACACGCAAGUACGCUCGGGUUGACAGAGCGGAAUCUGCUGUGGUGGGUGGUGAAGCAGCGAUGGUUGACGCGGGGCUGGCGUUUGGCCGCUCUUUUCGCGUCGGCUGGGGCCCUUGUGGACUUUUGGCUCAUCCAGGCACCAUUUGUGCACCAAACACCCCCGUAAAAACCACUGCCAAUACAUCUACCAUCUUCAGGACCUUGGCUCCCAUAGUGAACUCUGACGACCUUUCUGCGAAACUUCUCCAGCAUCAACUGUCUCAUUCACCGAUUGACCUGGAUGACGAGCAAAUACCAUUUGCGAAUCCUUCAUCAAUUGACCUCCACUUCUCGUCGUUCGCCGCUCUCUUUCCUUCUACGGACCGCUCAUUCGAAGCCUCGUUAUUCCGACUCGGGUCUGCUCUUUUCGAUUUACUUCCGCUGCGUUUAGGCGACUCGGUCACACCCGACAUUCGCACGCAGGUCACGGGACUUCGUCGUAAAGCGGCGGUAUCUGCCUGGCUUGAGGACACCGUAGCCUCCUCAAUCGACUCCGAUAUCAGGGCGCUUCCUUCGGCCAGUCCUGCCACUCUAGCAUUUAUCCACCUCACUGGAAAUCAAAUCAAACAAGCGGCUGGCGUUGCAGCCGACGGAGGAUACCUUAAACUAGCCACACUUAUAUCACAAGCAGGAGGCGACCUCGAAUUUCGCUCAGAUCUAAGACUUCAACUUGAUAUCUGGAGGAAAGAACACGUACAGUCACAUGUCGAAGAGGAUGUUCGCAAGGUGUACACUCUGCUUGCCGGGCUUUUGAGCUCUGAAGAUUCUGAUGAGCCGUCCGACGGGCCGGGAUCUAAUCCUAUUGAUCUCAUCUCUGCCCUCGACUGGAAAAGGGUCUUUGGACUUCACCUCUGGUACUCUGGUCUUGUUGAUUCUACAAUUUCUCAAGUCUUCGAUGCUUUCAGCGACUCGAUGAAGCGUCGAAAAGUCUCUAUACCACCUCCAUGGUAUAUCGAAAACCCCUCUACUCCUCAGGGUCGAUGGAAACUGCCAUCCUUACCCGUGUCACCAGAUGCGCUAUACUCCCUUAUGCGACUCCAUGCCGACCCGUCAUGUUCGCUUUCCCAAGUGCUGGACCCACUUUCUUUCAGCUCUUCGCCUUUGGACUACUCUCUGCCAUGGCAUCUUUACAUCAUCUUGUCGCGAUGCAUGGGUGUGCGUGACUUUUCGGAUCGAGGAGAGCCGGGAAUAACUACUCCUGGGUCGUCACAAGAUGAUGUAGACACAACGUCGGACGGCCAUAGUCCAAGUGCAGAUCUGCUGACAAACAGUUACGCAUCCCAACUCGAGCAACAUGGCAUGGUCCAAGAGGCCGUCUUCGUCCUUCUCCACAUUGAAGGUUCAGCAGGUCGAGCAAAGGUGAUCAAGGACUUGCUGGCCCGUAAUGCACAUCGACUGGAUGAGUGGACAACCCGUGGCAUUGUUGGUAGUCUCCGCAUCCCGAUGGCUUGGGUACAGGAAGCCAAGGCUAUUUACGCGCUCCACUGUGGCAAUAUCUACGACGCCUUCGAGCUGUACUUGUCUGCUGAACUCUUCAACGAGGCUCAUAAUCUCGCCAUUUCAAAACUAGCGCCAGACGCCAUUAUUCGGAAUGACCUGCAACUUCUCGCCUCCUUGUUUCGCCGCUUUGAGUGGAGGGCCAACACAAUUGAUGGCUGGCAUUUGCGGGGGAAGGCAUUGCUAGAUUACUCUUCUGUCUUGACGCGACUGGAGGGAAUUGAUGACCUGCGACCUAUUGAACAGGAGGAAGAAAGAGACAACCUUGCUCGCGACGCUUCUAAACUUAUAGGCGUGCUACCUAAUGUUCUAAACGAUCGGUCAAAUACUCGACAUAGUACGGCCCUCGCCACGAUGAUUAGCGCACUGGUGUCAGUGGCGGAUCGAGCGCGGCCACUCAGCAUCAUUGACAUCCCAUCACUCCAUGUCGAUGAGACAGUUACUCUUCAGCAUCUUCAAUCCUCAUUGUACGCGCGCUUCGUGGAAAUCAUAUAG